UUGUAUUGACUAGACUCGCUGUUUCGGCUGCGGUGGAGAGUGGUGGACAGGACGGUUUCGCUCGGCGCUGCGCGUUCGUAUGCAGAAUCCAGAGACGUGCGGGCGGCGUCUUAAGCUGUCUUGAACGGCUGGACGCGAGGUGCAAAGCCUUUGGCAACGGUCGUGUGAGACCCGUCUCGGUCGCGUCGGCCUGCGUGUGUAGCGUUUGACGCGCCUUGUAGCGUGAAGUGGGAAGGUGAGGUCGCUCGCCUUGGCGACAUCGGCGAACAAGAGACCCACUCAAUGCGAUGAGUCCAUCUCCAACGAACAGCACCUCAUUUGUAAGAAAACAAACAUUCGCAUGCCACCCAACAUGUAUCCAGAGUAUCCGCCAGAGCUCAUCGACGAGCAGAAGUCGUAUCUGUUGGCCAAUCUCAAGGACUGGUCAAUCGCUCAUGGUCUGGCAGUCAGAGUAGCACCAACAUAUGUGCCGACAGAGCAGGAUCCCGCCGGAGCGUUAGCGACGACAGCUCCGGUAACACUGUUCCCAAGUCUGUUCCCGAAGGUCUGCUUCGAGCAGGCAAAGUCAGUAGCCAGAGCAUACAAUGAGCUCUACUCUGCCAUCGCCAGUGAUGAGGGAUGGUUGACUGGCAUCGUUGAAGAGCUGGCAGCAAUCGACGAUUUCAUGGCAGGACUCUGGAAGGUGCACCAGGCUGUCAAGAAAGAGGGAUAUGCGCAGCCAAUAGCUCUUGGUCUGUUUCGUUCGGAUUACAUGGUGCACGUUGAUCAAGGCAACGCUUCGCAACCUACAGUAAAGCAAGUGGAAUUCAAUACGAUCGCAUCCUCUUUCGGUGGUCUGUCGAGCCAAGUCGCUGGUCUUCAUCGUCACCUGCAGUCCAUCGACGCAUAUCCUGAGGAACUCUCGAGUCUCGUCAAUGAAUCCAGUCUGCCUGAGAGCACCUCCGUGCCUUCAUUGGCGAGGGGCAUGGCUGAAGCCCACAAGGCGUACGGCAAGUCCACGACUGGACUCCCUGCAUGUGUGAUCUUCUUGGUGCAGGAUCCGGAGCGCAAUGUCUUCGACCAACGACAUCUUGAGUACGCCUUGAACGAAAAUCAUGGUGUCCGUACGUUCCGUCUACCUUUCGGACGGGUUCAUGAUGAUACGAAGUUGGAUGACAAUCGCAAGCUCAUCUACACUCCACCUCAAAGUCCUAAGAAGCAAUACGAGGUUACAGUAGUGUACUUCCGGGCCGGAUACUCACCAGAUGAGUACACUUCUGACGCGCAUUGGUCUGCGCGCCUUCACAUUGAGCGCAGCGCUGCAAUCAAAUGCCCAACAGUACUGACACAGCUCGCUGGCACAAAGAAAGUCCAACAAGUCCUUGCAACUCCACACUCUCCUCACCUUGCAAAGUUCCUCCCAGAUCAGGCCCAAGCCGCCGAAGUCCUCAAAACCUUCGCUCCAAUCUACCCUCUCGACAAAUCCUCAGCCGGCCUCGAAGCCCGCAAACUCGCCCAAGACCCCUCGAGCGCAACCCGCUACGUCCUCAAACCCCAACGCGAAGGCGGCGGAAACAACAUCUACCGCAAAGCAAUCCCACCAUUCCUGAAAGACCUCCCAGAAUCCCACUGGCCUGCUUACAUUCUCAUGGAAAUGAUCGAGCCACCCGCCCAAUCCAACACCAUUUUCCGCAACGGCGAAUUCCAAACUGGCGGGGUGAUCUGCGAACUCGGCAUCUACGGAGCCUGUAUCUGGAGAGCCGACGCAGCAGACGGCAAAAGGGAAAUCCUCGAAAACUUCGAGGCUGGGUACUUGCUCCGCACAAAAGGCGAUCAGAGCGAAGAAGGUGGCGUGGCAGCAGGUUUCGGAGCGGUUGAUAGUCCAUGCUUGGUGGACGUUUAAAAGAAGGGUACAGGUAUGUAGAAACUUGGCUGUGAUGGCUGUUGUACAGGUUAGAUGAUUCGGAACGGGUAUUGUGGCUUGCGCAAAUUCCUCUGGUUCGGAGUGUAUACCGAGCAGCCGUUCAGUAGGAUUCUGCGGGUGUGCUUGACUUGAGCCGGGUUUAUAGACCGAACCAUCGUUCGAAAGACAGGUUCGCGGAGAAGGUUCAACGUUUUUUUGUAGACCUUUGGGUCAAAACUUCGUUGUCACGUUUUGUAGACGGUACGGGAUCUAAGACAUCAGCCACUCGGCUCCGUCUGGC